AGAGAUAUUGCAACCCAUACGUGCUGCGGUUGCCAUGGCACGGCGUCGCGAGCUACACCGAAGCAGCCUGGAUUAAAAGAUAAAGCAAACCUGAUUGAGGUGACAACAUGGAUGCUGGAAAAAAAGACGAUCCAAUCGAAGACAACCGGGAUCUGAGUCGUCAUUCCCAUCGAAGCACAAGGGAAGAGUCUCGAACGUCGUUCGUCAGGAAGCACAAAAGGAAUUCUCAGGAUAAAGAUCACAAAAAUGAAGGCGGUGUCAGGAGCAGAUCUAAAACACGAACGUGGGGUUCAGAUCCAGAUCGGGACAGAAUGUCAGAUGGAGAGGGAAGAAGUGAUGGGUCAUUUUACUCAGACGAUUAUGAGAACGUCACACCAUCAGAGCGCUCCCUUUCACCAUUCCCCCGCUCUCGGACUCCAUCCCCCACUUCUAAAAGAGGGCUGCGGGCAAAGCCGAUGUCCAGAAACUCUUUCCACAAAACUGCAGGUGGUGCAUGGCGCAGGGGUGUGUCUCGACCACAGCGACCUGGGGGCCUGGCCCAACAGCAUCACAGGGGGCCCCGAUCCCACAGCAAGGAUUCAACUCCACCUAAAGAUCUGGACUUGGUGACCAAGAAGAUGCUCUCCGCCCGCCUCCUGAAGAUCAACGAGCUGCGUAACGCUCUCGCUGAGAUGCAGCAGCGCACAGAUGAACUGCAGAAGGAGAACCGCAUCCUCAAACAACUUCAGGUGCGUCAGGAGAAAGCGCUGCGGCAUUACGACGACACAGAGAGUGAGAUCUCCCAGCUUCUGUCACGUCACUCCAACGAGAUCCACGUGCUGCGUGAGAGACUCCGGCGCACGCAGGAGCGAGAAAGGGCGGCGGAGCGCCGGUCCAAGGACACCCAGGAGCAGCUGCAGAGGAGCCACGUGACCAUCACGCGACUAAAGAAGUUGAUCGACCAGCGAGAGUUAGGAGCCAGAGACGAACUGAGCCGCAAGCUGGAGGAGGAGAAGACACGAGCCCAAGAGGCGGAGCGCAAAAUUAAGGAACUGGAGCGCAGCAUCGAGGUGAGCAACAGCAGCCAUCAGAGGCAGCUGGUUUCAGAGAGGAAGAAGACGAUCGGCGCUCUGGAGGAGAUCAAGAAUCUGCAGGAGGAGACGGAACGGCUGACGAGUAAACUCAAGGAGAAAGAAAGAGAACUAGAUGCCAGGAAUAUUUACGCCAACCGCAUGAUGAAGCCCUCGUUACGAAGGGAGGCCGACGGUGGCACGAGGCAGAAAGGCCCCAGCAGGAACAGCACCAAGGCGGUACAGACCGAAGACAGAGCUUCCAGUCUGGAUUUCCCCACGCCCCCCCCUGGCAUCAGCGAGGCUCAUGAGCUCAGCGAGCAGGCGCCUAAUGAGUACCUGUCUCUAAAGCACCUCGAUAGAGUCAGCCCACAGGUGGAGGUGCAGAAGAGCGUGGAUGAAGUCAGGAAAAAGAAGGAUGUGGAGAAGGAGCUGGUGAAGCAAAGAGAGCAGAAACAGCGACUGGGUCCGGAUCUGAAUGUGCUUAACGAGAAGGCCAUCAGACCAAGUGAUGGUUUGGAGAAGGAAGAGGAAGUUGGAAGGAAAACAAGUUCCCUUUUUAACCAGACUCAAGAGGAGAACUACUGGAAACGAGGUCAUGUCCAGGAGGAGGUGAUGAGGUGGAACCAAGAGUCUCUGUCCAAUCAGCAAGCAGCACAGGAAGCAUGUCAGAAAAAAGAGACGCGAGAAACAGACCGUCUGAACAAUGGACCCCUCUCCGAGUCCACGAGGAUUCCUGGUGACUUCCAUCCUCCUGAGCAGAAGAACCGAAACACUUUGAUGGAGUUAGAGGAGAAGGGUGGUGUUCCUGUUGGGAUUAGAGACAGAAGGAGACGACCCGGUGUUGACAGCGGCAGUGUGACGGCGGGAAUCGGAAGGAGAGUGCUGCAGUCCCAAACCUCCAGUGAUGAGCUGGCGUUUGGAGGCUACGCGCCUUCGUUUGGGCAUUCCACCUCUCGAGCUUCCUCUGGCUUCCCUGCACCUCCACCCAAAGAGGACGGAGACGCAGGACUGUUUUAUUUCAGUGGAGCAGAGAAGGAGAAGAAAGUGGAGAGGGACAAGAAGGCAAGCCUCUUGCAGCAACUCUUUGGUGCACAGGCCAUGCUGACAGACGACGACCUUAGAACUUGUAACAGAAUGGAGGUCCUUAACAGCCCUCCGGCUCCCAGCGGAGAGCGUUCAAGAUGGGAUGGACUCCUCAGCUUCAGCUCUGGCUCAUCCGUCCCUCCAGCAUCCUCCAUCAACACCCUGCAGGUAGCAGAAAGCAGACCGGCUGUCCGAGCCAUCACAUCGUUUGAUGAUGACAUCGAGGAGCUGGCUUUAUAAAGGAAAGAGUCAAAACAAUAUGGCUUCUGCUGGAGGAGGGACCAACGACAUGAUGCUAUUAGUUAAAUAAACAGAAUUAUUGUCAUUUUGCACACUGA